GGCCUUAACUUCAAACAAUGGACCGACUUUAUCACUAUCUGCCUCGCUCCCUUCAUCGCACACCUCGCAGGCGGCGUUGUGAGUCCCACUAUUCUGGGUAGCCUAUCCCAGGGACCAACCUGGAUUUCAUACCUCACACACUUCAAUCCUGUUUCAAUCGUCUGGCGCUACUAUAUUAUUGUGGAUCGGCGCGUUCGAGCACGGAGUUGGGACCAAUGCGACAUGGCAGCAUGCAAUGCUGUAUUCUGGGACGCAGAGCGCAAGCGUUGGGAUGGAUCUGAAGAAAUCAUGGUGAGGAGUAGGGCUUGGAUUACAAAGGUGCCAGUGAAGCCACAUGUGCAGCUAUUGUCGGCUUCGAGUUUUACGACAUUAGUGCAGACGGUGCAAGGAGCGCAAAUUAUGUUCUAUAUAAUCGAAGGGUAUAUUGGGGGCUCAGAACAUAUACUGCUAGGAUUACCAGGUGUAUUCGCGGGGCUGCAAUUGCUAGGGCUUAUAAGGUUGUUUGCUGGUCUGUGGUUAUCUAGCGAUUACAGUUAUAUGAACUUCAGGGGGACCGAUUUGGGUUCAGAGAUCAGUGAAACUCCUUUGGAAAAGCAUGUCGGCAAAAACAUCCUCGAAGCCCCUGUCAGCAACCAUCUAUUGGAGGUGGAUGUCAGAGAUCGUCUUCUUCCCCUUCAUUGCUGGCAGGGGAUCUUGUACCGGGCAUUUUGGCUCUUGACGACCUGGGGUAUCUUGGGCCCAGCUGCUGGAUCCUGUUCCGAGGUUUUCUGGCGCUAUCCCCCAGGACUUCCCUAUGACCCGGCCUCGCGAUUGUUAUGGCAGACCAUGUACUUUGUUCUGACAUUUUUGCUAUUUUGA